AUGACGACGGUCGCCCAUUCGCUAUCGAUGGCGACGUGGAGUUUUCAUCAUGCGGAGAAACGAGCUGGUCUCGUAGGCAAUCGGAAUUUCUUUAAGAACUACGACAAGGGGGACGCGAUCACGCGGAAGAAUACGCAAGAACGGUUAUUUGAUAAUUCACAUUCACGUAACUCCUUCGGCAGUGGUAGUGUUAGGGGCGAAGACGUCAACAAAAGACCGCCGAAUAGAAGAUCUCACCACACUACCCAAACAAUGCAACCGACUAAAACGUCCGCCACCACUCACGAGGGACAAAAAUUUACCUACCCUCGUAAAUCGUGCAAGAAAUGCGUGAUUCGCGCUACAGCCCCAAAUUCUUCUGGAACCUCGACCCCUGUCACAACCACCACUACCAUCACCGCCACCGUUACCGCUGUCAGCACUCCAACUUCGUCCUUCAGAGGCGACCCAUGCCCCACUCAGUGUGGAAGUCCACAAUGUUUCUGUGACGCUGAGAAACCGUUGUGUUUCGUCAACGCCUCUGGAUUCACGUGUAACACCCUGUCGACCGUCGGAUGGCACAUUGACAACUCUGGCCUCUCUUUCAUCAAUGCCAAUCUCAACGGCCUCAACGAGCAAUGCAAUUCAUUCGUUCCACCUGUCAACGACGCUGAUCGCCAGAACCUGAUCGACCUAUUGUCUGUCACCGCCUUUGGCAAGGCGAACAGGAACGUUUCGGGCAUAUGGACUGAUCCAUUCGAUUUUCUGGGAGAUUGUAACAGCGGUUUUUUUUGUGACACCGGCUACACUUCUAAUGUAAUGACGGAUAAAACGCAACCAUUGAAAGGGACGUGUAUGGUGAAGCUUGGAUUGGGCAGCGCGUGUUUAAGUGUGAAUCAAUGUGACACUCAACGUUGUGUGAAUCAAUCAGACUUAAGUUCUCCCACCGCCACCGCGGCGGUGGUAGAAGCCGCUAAUGGAAGCGAGACCACCUCGACAUUCAUUUGCGCGCGACUCACCGACAAGACACUACCACUCACCGAAUUGGGAUCCAAUGUCAAUACGAGUGGAACCUUUCUCUCAAACACCGCAGAAAUAGCGCUAUUGAGCAUCGGAUGCGUGUUGGUUGCGUUCUUUAUAGGAUUGUUAAUAUUGAGGAUUCGGAAGUGUAUUAAAGCAGCCAACAACAAUACCAACAACACUGGCCGUAAUGACGAGACCAAUAUGUAUGUAAAUAAUUCGGAGAAGUCACGUUGUUUCCUAGAAAGGUUCCGUGGAAGAUCCCAUAACUACAAGCAAAAUCAACCGAUUUCCACAGUCGAUGGCACCACCACCAUCACUACCAUUAGUAGCAAUAACGAAAGUCAAACAAAUAGCAGUUCCAACGACACGUUCACCCGAUGGAAUUUCGGCAGGAAUUUUGUGGCCAAACAUCUGUCGGCUCUUAGAAUUGGCCUUAACAAUGGCCUGGCGAAUUUACGGUUUUCUAUUCGACCGCGUUCUUCGACCAACAACGGGGAGAUGCGGUUCUCCAUUGUGCCGGGCGGCAGUGAUAGCGAUGGCACAAGCGGUGACAGGCGCGUGCAGGUAAACGUGGACGAUGGAGGUGUGAGAUCUUCGCUUUUGACAAAUGCCUCGGAUACAUUAUCCGUGCUGCUUCCACCACCUCCGAGUUUUCACAAUAGGUUAAGUCGGGAUGACAUGUUUGGUAACAAAAACAAUGAGAAUGCGCAGAAUGAUCACGAGUUUAGUAAUGACACUUCGAGAUACAGUAGCAUUGGAAUAUACAGUGCCGGAUACACCAGCGGAACAAGUAACGAGGGUGGAUACGACUAUAGCACUUUUGGAGAACUUUACAACAAUCUCAACAUCAACCUCAAUGGUAACAUCACGACGUUGGCACCAACGAGCCAGAAUGCGCAUAAUUCCUACAAUAGUGGAAUACAGAGUAGUGGAAUUGGAAGCGCGAAUGAAAGUCUUGUGAUGUUGAGCAGUGGCAGUUUGAAUGAUCUUGGAUUCGGUGGGAAUGGUAGAAGUGACCGAAGCGAUGGAAGCAAUCAAGGAGGUAUCUAUGAAAUCGAGGUUAUCAACGAGGACACGGGGGGAAUAGACAUAGACGAUGUGAGAAGUGGUGAACAGUAUGACAUACCUUUUCGUAUUAGUAUGAACGCUCCUAGUGUCGAAGGUUUGAAUGAUCCUGUAUUCGGUGGGAAUGGUAGGAGUGACCGAAGCGAUGGAAGCAAUCAAGGAGAUAUCUACGAAAUCGCGGUUAUCAACGAGGAUACGGGGGGAAUAAAUAUUGACGAUGUGAGAAAUGAUGAACAGUAUGACACGCAAAACGUACCUUUUCGUAUUAGUAUGAACGCUCCUAGUGUCGAAGGUUUGAAUGAUCCUGUAUUCGGUGGGAAUGGUAGAAGUGACCGAAGCGAUGGAAGCAAUAAAGGAGGUAUCUAUGAAAUCGAGGUUAUCAACGAGGAUACGGGGGGAAUAGACAUUGACAAUGUGAGAAAUGAUGAGCAGUAUGACACGCAAAACGUACCUUUUCGUAUUAGUAUGAACGCUCCUAGUCUCGAAGUGAUCGAAAUGACGAAUCCUAAUUUUGACCGCUUCAGCAAGAGAGUGUCAAAUAAUUCCAUUUUUAUAGCGAAUGUCGGUGAAGAUUACUCUACUGAAAAUCUUGAGGAUGAGAAAUACAUCGCACAGGUGAAGCUAUACGAAGGAUUACAGCUAAUAGAAGAAUUAUUGAUGGAUGACGAGUUUCAGAAACAAGAGGAGUGUGAGAGAAAAGAAUAUUUAGAACAACAAUUACAAGAGAUAAAGCAACAAGAGAUGGAAGCCGAGGAGAGACAAAGGGAAUUGGAAGCUAUCAAAUUGUCCGAAAAUAAUUUAAGGGAGUUGGAAAGAUUGUCAAAAAUACAAGAUGACAACUUUACUGAGAAUUUGACUUCAGAAACGAGGGCGGAGGAAUCGAUGGAAGGAGCCGGUGUAGGCGAGUCACGGAAUUCUCGUGGAAUUGGAAUUCGGAAUAGUAGAGCAUCGUGUAAUAGCGAUGAUAGUGACAUACAUGGAGGAAUGCUCGGUGAAUCACCCUAA